CUAUAGCGACAAGGGAGAGAGGAGAUAGCGAGGCAGAGAGAGGAACACGCGCUCGGGCGGCGGAGGCGAUUCCUUUCUGUUCAUGUCGAUUCUCAAAUCCCCCACCCGUGGAGCUUGAUUCCUUUCCAAUUUCUCUUUGAUUCUCGCCUCCUGCGGAAUCUUUCAGUGUCUUCUUCGUCAAGGUAUUCGUUGUCAUCUUGUUCAUGUGAGUGGUCUGUUUUUGGCCUUUCUCUUUCUUCAUUAUUCUGGCAAGUGUUGUGUGCUUGUGUUGCUGCUGAACUAGGGUCAUCCUCAGUUACCUGCAUUUUUUAGCAUUUCGCCUCAUUCAUAAUUUUCUUACUAGUUUUCAACUUUUAUGAUAUGUAUCUUACUGAAAUUUUGUCUUCAUGUACCCACUUGUUCCAAGUUCAUGGUGCCAAACAGGUCUGCAUGCCACGGGUUAUGCUCUUCUGCACCUUCUUCAUUUCGUGUAGCUUCGUUUUCCAGUUCUUCAAAUGUCUGCACAAGAAUACUAAAGUUGUAAAUUUCUCUCUUACUUUUGUGUAUUCAUGAAUUUUUCUCCAUUUCAUUAGUCUUACUGUAGAAUGUACUGAUGGGUUGUUUGCUGUUUUGUGUUUUGUUACCGGACUCCUCCACUCUCAGUUGUGUUGUACCAUUAGCCGAAUGUACCUGUAUGCGACAUGUUUUUAAACCAGAAUUCUUGAUGUAAUAGUAAUACUGAAAUAAUAGUAAUACUAAAAAUAGUUUUUAAUGAAUUGCAAAUGGGGAAGCUAAGUAAUCAAAUCGUCUUCAGCUGAGACUUAUGGGGGUUAGUUUCUUACCUUGUAUAUAAUGCCUGACUGUAGGAACGCAGUAAAUGAAAAUGACUCUUGCAAUGUAUUUGUGUGUGAGUUUUUCUUUUUCAUGUACUGAUCAUUCUCAUGCAAGUGUUUUGCUACUGAUUUUGGUACUCACAUUUAGGAUGAUAUCUUCCUGUGACAUUGAUAGUAGAUCAUCUUUUGUUAUUGUUCUUGUCGUGCUCCCAAUCUGCAUUUUUGGAAAAGGAAUGUCAGUAAGAGUACAAUUAGCAGUAGUAUCUUAACAGUGUAAAUACAAUAGGUUUCUACCGAUGUAAGUUUUGAUGCAUUCUUACAUUGAUACACUAAAAUUUAUAUGCAAUUUUCCACUGUAUUUUUCUAUGUAAUUUCCACUGUAAUUUCUAUGCAAUUUGCACUGGGAAUUACUCCCUCCGUCCCAUAAUGUAAGACGUUUUCCGACACUACACUAGUGUCAAAAAGCGUCUUACAUCAUAGGACGGAGGGAGUACUAUGUAAUUACUAGGGGAUUUUGCACUGUAAUCCUUGGUCUGUUUUAGCCAGUUUCAGUGUAAUUCUUGGUGUGCUACUGUUCAUUCCAGAGUCAAUCCAGGCACUAUGUGUGCUUGCAGUGUAAAUUAUACAACUAUCCAAGUUCUAUCUACUGCUAGUGACGAAUUAUUUCCAGAGUAUAUAGUUCUUGUCUACUGAUUGUUUCUCUGACGCAUUUGUUUUGUGGAUUUUUCUUGUAAGAGAGGUGAAGCGGGUGAAGAGUUGAAGUACUAGGGGGUAGCAGUAGUUUUUGUGCCUGACCUUUUGAUUUUCCUGAGAUUUCCCCAAUUGCCUAGUUGUUGUUCUUCCUUCACGCUUGUCUCUAGGUAAACCUCCACCUUCCUCUCCAGAUUCAUCCCUCUCUCUCAUGGCUGCCUGCCUUAUCUGAUUUUGAACUGCUCGUUGUUCUUCUUCCCACCCUUCUUCCAUGGCCAUCGGCCUGAUUUGUUUCUUCCUUUUGUGAUGUGUGUUAGGUGAGCUCUAUGAUGUUAUGUAGGAGGGGCUGGAGAUUUCCGUGAGUAGCAAGUUCAUGGCGAGCUGUUUGCUGUGGUCCAGCGGUGCAGCGAGGAUUGGUGGUGGUGUGGUUUAGUUGAAACCGGGUCAGGGUUCUGCCUGACCCGUUUAUCCCGAAAUAAAAGGAAUUAUGCAGUGUCCGGUUGGGGGCUUUUGGGACAAACAGUUGUGAAUGUUACUGAAUUGUAAAACAGUCAAAUGUCAAAUAGACAGUCCCAGCCGUUGGCCUGGUGACCGGUGACUGUAAAGAAAAAUAGGCUGGCCGGUGGCCGCCUGGGAGCCCAGCCGUUGUUUUCCUUUUCUCCCUGUUCGUUUUUAGCUCUUGGAGUCGCUUCUCCUCCCAGCCCGAUCUGCGCCGCCGCCGCCCAUAUUCGCUGGACCCGCCUGAACUCCUCUCUCGUUCUUGCUCUUCCUAGUUCAGUUCGCUGCCGCUGCCGCUCCGGCCCUGCGACCUUGGCCUCCCCAGUAUCUGACGCCGAAUCGCGAUCUGUUCAUACCCAUCUCGUGCCAAUUAUGUGUUAAAUUCAGGUGGAUUGGAAAUAGCUGUCUGUUUGGGCGUAUACCUCUCUGCUCCUGCUCUCGCGGUGUUAGGUUAGGCUGGGGAGGUCCUCCGACAAUAUUCUCGCGAGCAAUUUGGUAUCACCGGUUGGAUCAGCAGAGAGGAGCGCGUGUUUUUGUUAGUCGGGAAUCCACUGUCAGUAGCAUUACUUCUCUUUGAUCAGGUUGCUAGGUGGCUGGGAGUGGGACUGGUGCUUGUUUUUCGUUGGCUUUCCUUUAAGCUCGUUUGUUUUAGCUUACUGUAUCUUGUGAUAUGUGCUGAGGCCGGCAGUUGGUUCAUGGGAUGGGAGACCAAGACACAACAGGAUAGCUCAUAGCAUCUAGGAAUGUUACAGUUCACUGGGGUUAGAGAUUUUGGUGCCAGUUAGGGACUCUGUAAGUGCAUUUUGGUUUGGCCAUGUCUUCUUGUACUUCCCCAGAUCCACCGGACUAUUGCUCCGCUGUAUCGCCUGAGCUUAAACUAUACCAGGCCUUCAUCUUCUCUGUGCCAGUUUUCUUCACAUUCGUCUUGCUUCUCUUCUUCUACUUGUUCUACCUGUGGCGGCGCAGAGCGAAUUGGCAUGUGCCAGUUUUCUUCACAUUCGUCUUGCUUCUCUUCUUCUACUUGUUCUACUUGUUCUAUAAGUUGGCCAUUUAUGUUCCCCCCAUGCAUGCUUUUCUUAAAUAUACUUGGUGUAUUGCAAAUCUUAUUUUGGAGUGUGGCAUAAAUAAGGAGAUGCGUGAGAUGUUGCCAGUUGUGAUCUUCAAGGAGAGCUUCUUGAUCAGGAAACACAGUCAGUGCUCGAUCUGCUUAGCAGACUAUCAAGCAGAUGAGCGGCUUCAGAGAAUACCCCCUUGUGGUCACACCUUCCAUAUCGAUUGCAUUGACCACUGGUUUUCUAAGAACACUACUUGCCCUCUUUGCCGAGUAUCGCUCCUGACUGCCCCCAGAGCUGCCAGCGUCGCUCCAACCGAUCUGGAAACACAAGCCAUCGAAGAGGACUGCUCUUCAAAUGCGCAGCAUCAUGUGGGCCUUAGAGAUGAGCACACGCGACCGGAGGAUCAGGCAGUGGACGGCAGGAUCAGUGACGGCCCAUCACAGCAGACUAACGUGGAAGCAUCAGUUGUUGUAGUCAUCGCGACUCAAACAGCAGGGUCUCCAAGUUCUUGCCACUUGUCUGACGUGUAAGCAAAAGAAAUAAGGCUUUUUACUGUCUUGCUGUAUGUUUAGCUGCUGUUAGAAGGAUUAAUAAGAGGCGCACAAAGAUCUGCAUCAAUGGUAAACUGACUCUAGAGGUGGGAAAAAGGUCUAAUCUUGUACUGGAAAUAGAAGAAUAGAGGUUUUUUGUUU